AUGGAGCUGAAUGACAUAAUCAAAGACAACCUCCUCCCCUUCCUCCCUGCCAAAACCCUCAUCAAAUUCCUCUCCGUCUCCAAGGAAUGGAACCAAUGGAUCAAAUCCCCUCUCCUCGCCUUCCAGCAGAGCCGCCACUUCACCAAACUCUCCGGCUUCUUCGCCCAAAAUCAACACCAAGACCCCUCAUUCAUCACCCUGGACUCCACCUCCUAUGGCGUCCCGAUGCCCACCCUCAACUUCCUCCCCGAGCCCGUCGACCUCCUCGCCUCCUCCAGCGGCCUCCUCGUCUGCCAAGGCCGCGACGCCAACGAGCCAAUCUACAUCUGCAACCCGGCCAUCAUGGAGUGGACCACCCUGCCCCCUCCCCUGCUCUACCACGGGGCCGGGGCUGGCACCGUCCUCGCCUUCGACCCUUCCCCACGAAACAUCGAGCAGAGGUACAAUCUGAUAUGCGCUGUCCCCAUCCUCGGCUGUGGGAAUGGCAGUGAGCUUAGCUUCGAGGUUUACAACUCCAGGUCGCGUUUGUGGAGAGUGUUGGGCAAUACGUUAAUCGAAAUGGUGGAGGAUCUUGCAAUAAUCGGCCCCGGCUUCUACAUGAAGGGGGUGGCCUACUGGCUCACAAACGCGGGGAUGGUGGUCGCGUUUGAUGUCGAGAGGGAGCUGCACGAGGUCAUACCUCUGGACACGCCUCCUUCCGUUUGUGUCUCGGAGGGCGUCUUGACAGAGAUGGGAGGGGAGCUUUGCUACAUCGGGUUGCGCCACUUGUCGGGGGAUAGGUACGAGGUGAUGAUCCACGGGGGGAUGGCGUUGGGCUUGCAGCGAGCGGUGGAGAUGAGCGUUGGGGAGUGGGGUUGUUGCCAGAUUAGGAUUCUCCCGGGGUUCGAUGGGGAGACGGUGAUGAUUGUGGGGGAGGAUUGCAUCUAUUGUUAUGGGAUAAGUGAUGGGAGUCUUCAAAGGAAGAUUGGGGUUGGGUAUGAAUCUGCUUCAGCAAGUAAGCAUCUGGCUUAUGUGAACAGUUUGGUUGAGUUGGUUUAG